AGGUUAUUGAGUCCAAUGGAUAUCUGAUCGUUUCUGGGAGGGAGACGAAUUGAAUGCUAAAUUUAAUGAAUUUGUCCUUUUGAGGAAUCCAAAUUGAUUCGUUUCUGCCAUUGAAUUGGAGUUGAAAUAAUCAGUGGAUUGCUUUCUUUUUCGUGUUCAUAGAGGAGAAGAAUGGGGUUAUCUUUGAUCGGAUUGAGCGGUUGGUUUAAUAAGAAGAUCCUCGAUCCUCUCAACCAAAUUCUUAGCAGAGGUACAGAGCCGAAGCAACUGGCAUUUUCUGCAGCUCUUGGAAUUACUAUGGGAAUAUUUCCUAUAUGUGGAGUCACUGUUCUGCUAUGUGGGAUGGCUAUUGCAUUGCUUGGGUCUCUAUGCCAUGCUCCAACUGUAAUGUUAGCUAAUUUCAUUGCAACACCUAUAGAGUUGAGUCUUGUUGUACCCUUCUUGCGUUUUGGUGAAGUUCUCUCUGGGGGACCUCAUUUUCCAUUGACAUCUGAUGCUUUGAAGAAGGUGUUGACAGGCCAAGCUUCACAUGAGGUCUUAUCAAGCAUUGCCCAUGCGUUAUUGGGAUGGCUUGUUGCAGCACCAUUUAUUUUGGCUAUUCUCUACAUAGUAUUCUUUCCAUUUUUCAACGUCUUGGUCCGCAAGUUCAGCUCUGUUACAUCAAGCCCAGAAAAGUCACCAAACCCUUUUUCAGAAGUCAGGCUUAAGGUAAGAAAUGUCUGAUUGAAAUUUUGUCAGCACUGAUUUGCUUACCAUCUCCCUGACAAGAAAUAGAGGCUAUUAACAUAAUGAUACCAUCUGUACAUGAAACUUACUGAAACAUGGCUUGUAUAUAAGUUUGCCUUGUUGUAUACCAUACUUGUAUGAAUUUAUGAUUCUGAAACCUUAUCAGAGGAAUCCAUUUCUUUCAUUCUUCUU